AAGCCUUGCACUGGUGGCUGCUGGGUAAGAGAAAAAAUACUUUGCUCUGUAGAGCAGUCUUGUCUUGUCCUAGAGGGGAGAAGUUCAGCUUGGAGGGCAUUUUACCCUCCCUGGCAACCCUGUCAUGUGCUUGCUGUUUGCGAGACCUCAGCUGGGCUGAAAGCUGACUGAGGGACUGUCUCAUGGUGGAUCUGUUCUGGGACUAUUUGCAGACCCUGGAAGGAGGCAUCCAUUCGUCUGAAGGCUUGUGAAUUUCUGUAAAACCUAGGCAAUCGUGAGAAUGAUAUUUCUACAAACUGCUGCCUUCUUGGGGAUCCUCUGUGUGGUUUCAUCUCAGUAUCGGAAUGUUGCCCUUCGAGGUCGAGCAACUCAGUCCUCAAUUUUAAACAUAGUAGAAUAUGGCUACCUGUCAGAAGCAAUAAAUGCAAUAGAUGGGAACCCGGACCCUGAAUUUAACCAUGGUUCCUGCACACAUACACAUAAUUACAUGUCUCCUUGGUGGAGGGUGGACUUGCUGAAACCGUACAGAAUUGAAUACAUCACGAUCACUAAUAGAAUUACAGCGAGUGAAAGACUGAAUGGUGCUGAAAUUCUCGUUGGAAACUGUCUGACCAACAAUGGAAACAAUAAUAACAGGUGUGCAGUGGUUACCUCUAUCCCAGCUGGAGGAACACAGAACUUCUACUGUGGAGGCCUGGUUGGCAGAUACGUCAAUAUAAUUUUACGUGGACAAACACAAUAUCUUACUUUAUGUGAAGUUGAAGUCUGGACCGCCGACAAGGAAUGAAAGCCCCGCUUAAAAAGAACAGAUGAUUAAAUAAUAAAGGUUAUACUGUAUUGCUAAUGU